UAAUUGUUGUAUAUAUUUAGUGCUUUGAUUACUUAUUUUACUAUUUUUUCAAAUUUGUAUGUGCAACAAUAGUAGUUUUAGAUAAGACGAAAUUUGAGUGUAACCGAACAUUUUUUAUGCUCUUGUAAUUUGCAAGAAUUAAAGCCAGGGAAGUAGCUUAAGGUGUAAAAUUUUUCAUUUAGAAAUGUAUAACAACUAUAUCCAAAUAUUUAAAUUUGAAGUUGAUUAAGAAAAAAGUACCCAUUUGAGUACAAAUGAAUCAAAUCAACAACACAGAGUUGUAUUGGCAUAAAAGCUUUCCAUAAUUGCGAAACAGCAAAUUAAACAAAAUUGUUAAAGUGCAACCCUAAUAUAAAUAGAUAAAAAAGCACAAAUAAAUUUAAACAUAGCGAAUGAACGCACAUAAGCAUUUGUCAAACCGGUCGUUAUUUAUAUGUGUAUAUAUAUGUGCGAAUGAGUUAAUUUUGUUGAAUUGGUGACUUAACAGUUGGCGAACUAUUCUUAUUCCAAAUAAACAUUUUACUAUAAAUUUUAAAGCAUUUACAAUAAUAAAAUACACAAUGAGUGGCGGCAAACAUUUAGCUAAAGGUUCGCAAAAACCAGAACUACCUGACGAUGGUGUUGUUCGCUUGUAUUCUAUGCGCUUUUGUCCAUAUGCUCAUCGUGCUCAUUUAGUACUUGACGCCAAAAAUAUUCCACAUCACACUAUUUAUAUUAAUCUUACGGAAAAACCAGAAUGGCUUACCGAAGUCAGCCCACUGGGUAAAGUGCCGGCAUUACAGUUACCCAAAGAGGAARRCARUCCAKCYUUAAUUGAGUCACUAAUMAUUGCUGAAUAUCUGGACGAGAAAUAUCCCGAAGUACCACUCUUCCCCAAAGAUCCACUAAAGAAAGCACAAGAUAAGAUACUUAUCGAGAGAUUCAACGCAGUGACUAGUGCAAUGUACAAAGUGUUCCUAGGUGGUACUGCGGUAGCACCCGGUGCGCUAACUGAAAUUUCAACAGGUUUAGAUAUUUUCGAAAAGGAGUUGAACUCCCGUGGUACACCUUACUUUGGUGGCGACAAACCCGGCAUGUUGGACUAUAUGAUUUGGCCAUGGUGCGAGCGUUCCGCCAUGUUGAAAUAUUUGCUACCCGACAAAUACGAAAUGGAUAAGGAACGUUUCGGCAAGUUGAUAGCAUGGCGUGAUUUGAUGAUUAAUGAUCCUGCAGUAAAAGUAUUCUAUUUGGAUGGUGAAACGCAUGCCAAGUUUAUGAAAGCGCGCCGUGAAAAUGUUCACGAUUAUGAUAUGCUCGUGAACGAUGCUAAACGGCAAAGAACUUUUUGAGGAUAAAAAUCUCAUUUUAAUUGUUUGAGGGCAUAUUGGAAAGAAUAACUUGUGUCAAUUUCAUUGUAUGCCGUUUAUCAAUAACGAGAAAUAUCACGCUAGUUACAUAUCCUUGUAAAUUACUUACAGUCAUUCUUAUACAUCGCAUAUAUCUUUGUACAUAUCAGCAUAUCCAUUUGAUGAAC